GAAUUGUUCAAAUUAUUCCGUUGCUGUGAGCCUUCAAUUAAUUCACAUCGUAACGACGCUUUUCGUGUUUGAUUCUUCCUUCGAAGUAUUCUCAAACCCUACCUGACUCUUCAAAAUGCGUGAGUGCAUCUCAAUCCAUGUUGGCCAAGCUGGUGUACAGAUCGGCAAUGCCUGCUGGGAAUUGUACUGCCUGGAGCACGGUAUCCAACCAGAUGGUCAGAUGCCCAGUGACAAGACCAUCGGAGGUGGUGAUGAUUCCUUUAACACCUUCUUCAGUGAGACCGGUGCUGGCAAACAUGUUCCCCGAGCUGUAUUUGUCGACUUGGAACCAACUGUAGUUGAUGAGGUACGCACAGGCACCUAUCGACAGCUGUUUCAUCCAGAGCAGUUAAUCACAGGCAAGGAGGAUGCUGCCAACAACUAUGCUAGGGGUCACUACACCAUUGGCAAAGAAAUUGUUGACUUGGUGUUAGACAGAAUCCGUAAACUGGCUGAUCAGUGUACUGGUUUGCAAGGAUUUCUCAUCUUCCACAGCUUUGGUGGGGGCACUGGUUCUGGCUUUGCUUCUCUCUUGAUGGAGCGAUUGUCUGUGGAUUAUGGCAAGAAAUCCAAGCUAGAGUUUGCCAUCUACCCGGCCCCUCAGGUCUCCACUGCUGUGGUUGAGCCAUACAACUCCAUUCUCACCACCCAUACCACACUGGAGCACUCUGAUUGUGCUUUUAUGGUCGACAAUGAGGCCAUCUACGACAUCUGUCGUCGCAACCUGGACAUUGAGCGCCCAACCUACACCAACCUCAAUCGUCUUAUUGGUCAGAUUGUAUCCUCAAUCACUGCAUCUCUUCGCUUUGAUGGUGCCUUGAAUGUGGAUCUGACAGAGUUCCAGACCAACUUGGUCCCCUACCCAAGAAUCCACUUCCCACUGGUCACCUACGCACCUGUCAUCUCUGCUGAGAAAGCCUACCAUGAGCAGCUGAGCGUUGCUGAAAUCACUAAUGCUUGCUUUGAGCCAGCUAACCAGAUGGUAAAGUGUGACCCCCGUCAUGGCAAGUACAUGGCCUGUUGCAUGCUGUAUCGUGGUGAUGUCGUCCCUAAGGAUGUUAACGCAGCUAUUGCCACCAUCAAGACCAAGCGCACCAUCCAGUUCGUCGACUGGUGUCCAACUGGCUUCAAGGUGGGCAUCAACUACCAGCCACCCACCGUCGUGCCUGGCGGUGAUCUGGCCAAGGUGCAGCGUGCCGUCUGCAUGCUGAGCAACACCACAGCCAUCGCCGAGGCCUGGGCUCGUCUGGAUCACAAGUUCGAUCUGAUGUACGCCAAGCGUGCCUUCGUCCACUGGUACGUGGGAGAGGGUAUGGAGGAGGGCGAGUUCUCUGAGGCUCGUGAGGAUCUGGCUGCCUUGGAGAAAGAUUACGAGGAGGUCGGUGUCGACUCGGUUGAAGGCGAGGCAGAAGAGGAGGGUGAAGAAUACUAAACAACUCAGGAAGGCUCAUUCACAAUUACUUCAUGACAUUUCAGUAGUUAAUUUGCAUCUUAAUUAAAAUUGAAAAAGAAUCAAUUCUAAUUCUUUAGCUUCACAAGAUGAAAUUAACCUUUGGCUACCAAGUUACAAAUUUUGCAAAUGCUAUUUGAAAGUUGACUCUGAAUCCUUGAAUUUUGAAAAAAAAAAGUCAGAAAACAGUUUCAUGGCGGAUUGUUUUGUAUUUUACAUCACACUGUUUGAAGAAAUAACACAUGCUGAAUAGCUUUCAUCAAGAGUGACUUUCUUGAAGUUUCCUCAGUGUGUAUUUGUAAUUUCCAAUGUUGAGGUUUGAAAGAGGUUCAAUAAAAGUUAGUCGAUAGUUUCAAACA